AAACAAAAUUUAUCCUUUCGAUUGAUGGAGGAGGAUUUCGAGGCAUAAUCCCCGCCAUCAUUCUUUCUGAAAUCGAAAAAAGAGUGACUAAUGAAAUUAAAAAAGAACAUCAAGAUGUUGAUAUAAGAUGUGCUGAUUUAUUUGAUGUCAUUUCUGGAACUUCGACAGGCUCUAUACUUGCAUUGGGAUUAUCAAUUGUCGAAAAUAAUCGUCCUAAAUUUGAUGCUGAAUAUAUU